UCUUUCUUCCUCUCUUGGUUCUGCUCUGCGAGCUAUUUCCAAUAGUUACAGGGCCUCGCUGGAUUAAGAUUAUUCCGCAUUAGGGAGAUGUUCCUGUUGCCCACCAUGGUCCAGCAACGGGAAUCAUGCUCUUCUGCCUCUGCUUUUUCUUUAUUCUCAAUUUAAUAAUACCGACGUCAGGAGGAGGAGAGCGGAUCCACUGGAGACCAUGAGAUUAUCGCAACUUUAAUGAUCAUAAUGUUCUUUUUGGAGAUCUGGGAAAAUGGGAUGCUCACAAAGUACGAUCAGAGUCGUCCUCAGUGGAGAAUGGACGGAAGAUGAGAGCGGCAAUGAGGUCUCUGUAGCGUCGGAAGGGCAGGAGACGAAGAUGAUGCUACAUAGGAAGAAGAAGAGGAAGUGGGGGUUCAAAGCGAAGCUGCUGGGUUGCGGAGUGGAGUUGCAGCAGGAGGAGGAUGAGGAGGACGCCUUACCGGAGAACGACCACCGGGCGUGGUUGCUCGCCUCUGCGGAGGGCGAUGGGAAGAGCACCGCAGCGGAUGCUCCGGACCCGCAGUCGAUGCACUCUUCGUUCCGUUUCAGCUUCGGGUCUCAGGCGGAAUUCGACGCCCUGAACCCCAACGCCACCGUUCUGAUGCUCAAUCUGGAGAGGAACUCGGAGGAAAAGACGCUAGAUUUUCAGAGAAGGAGAAUCCUGUCGCUUGAGCGGAGCAUCUCCACCGUCUCGGAGUCGCUCCUUCGAUUCACUUACGGCGAGAUCCGGUCGGCCACCAAUGACUUUUCCCGAGGGAGGGUUUUGGGAAGAGGGGCACACAGCUGCGUGUACAGAGGGCGGCUCCGGCUAGGCCGCGCCGUAGCCAUCAAGCGCCUGAAUAACGCCGACAAGGAGUGCUCCAAGGACUUCUGCAGAGAACUGAUGAUCUCCAGCUCGCUGGACAACCGGUUCGUCGUCCCGCUGCUGGGCUACUGCGUCGACGCCGAGGGCCUCUUCCUCGUCUACAAAUUCGUCUCCGGCGGCAACCUCGAGCACCACCUCCACGGUAACAUUCCAUCCCGUGGUUUCGACGGCCACGAUUUACAGGUCUUAACUCAGGCGCAGACGAAAGAGUCAUCGGGUACCGUUGGUUCGAAAAAUGCAGGUAGGAAAGGGAGGGCCUGCCUCCCCUGGUCGGUGAGGUUCAAGGUAGCUCUCGGUGUGGCUCAGGCGGUGGCGUACCUGCACUAUGGCAUAGAGAGGUGCGUGGUGCACCGAGACAUCAAGCCCUCGAACAUCCUCCUCUCUUCCAAGAAAACCCCCAAGCUGUGUGAUUUUGGGCUGGCGACGUGGACGUCCGGUGCUUCCAUUCCCUUCCUCUGCAAGACCGUGAAAGGAACCUUCGGGUAUCUGGCGCCCGAAUAUUUUCAGCACGGCAAGGUGUCGAACAAGACGGACGUGUACGCCUUCGGAGUGGUGCUCCUCGAGCUCGUCACCGGCCGGAAGCCCAUCGAAACCGGACGCUCCGCCGGCGAUGAAAACUUGGUUCAGUGGGUGAGGCCUCUAUUGCUGGGGGAAGGGUCGGUGACGCGGCUGGUGGACCCGCGGCUAAAGCGUGGCUCGUACAGCUUGAAGCAGGUGAGCCGGGUGGUCCGGACCGCAGCCGCUUGCAUCAGCAGCGAGGAGUCGAGUCGGCCGGGCAUCGACCAGGUGAUCAGGAUGCUGAGAGGGGAGGAGGCUGCGGCCGGCGAGGAGGCCGUCUUCACGGAGACGGGUCUCUACGGUGGGAAGGGCGACAUGGGGAACCACCUGGCUCUCGCCAUGUUGGGCGUGACGGAGGCCGACGACGGCGACCAAAAUCGUUGGUAGUUAAAUUGGAAAGAUUUUCCCACCUGUUCUUAUUUUCUCUCAUUCCCACGAUAUUCUUUUCUUGCUUUUCUUUUUUUUUCUGUUUUCUUUGUUCUUUGGUUGAUCCACUAUGUAGAAAAAGCGUGGAAAAGGAAAAAAGAUGAGAAGGAAGUUUGAAGAUUGUA